AACAAUAUAAACUGUGUUUUUUUGAGACAAACAGACAAAUUAUCACCAUGUUGCAUCUGCCCCUUAAAAGGUGUACUUGUUCCCAUGCUCUCUCUCUCUCUCUCUCACACACACACACACACACAGACAGACUCUAUUAUGUAUAAAUAAAUGCACAACACAGAUGCCCUAAUACCAUCCUUUACCUUAGACCAUUCUCUCUCUCUCUCUCUCUCUCUCUCUCUCUCUCUGCUGAUUCUGUUGUGCAAAAAUGAAAAUGAAGAUCUCUUUCAUGCUUUCUCUGUGCUUUCUCUACACUGUGUCUGCUCUUGCACCACCACCUCCUUUUGAAGGGCUUCUCCCAAAUGGGAAUUUCGAAGAGAAACCGAGCCCUAAAGACAUCAAGAAAACAGUGCUCCAAGGCAAACACGCCCUCCCCAAAUGGGAAAUCAACGGCUUCGUUGAGUACAUCUCCGGUGGUCCCCAGCCAGGCGGCAUGUACUUUGCCGUGGCACACGGGGUCCACGCAGUUCGCCUCGGAAACGAGGCCUCGAUUUCCCAAACCAUCCCCGUGAAAAACGGCUCUUUGUAUGCACUCACAUUCGGUGCAUCGAGAACUUGUGCACAGGAUGAGGUUUUGAGGGUUUCUGUGCCUCCUCAAACAGGGGACCUCCCUUUGGCUACACUUUAUAGCAGCAAUGGUGGCGACACUUACGCUUGGGGAUUUAGGGCUAAUUCGAAUUACGUGAAGGUGAUUUUUCAUAACACGGGAAUGCAGGAAGAUCCUGCUUGUGGGCCCCUCUUGGAUGCCGUUGCCAUUAAAGAACUCUUCCCUCCUAAGCCAAGCAGAGUGAACCUAGUCAAGAACGAAGGAUUUGAAGAAGGCCCUCAUCUACUAAUGAACUCGUCUCAUGGAGUUCUCCUCCCACCAAAACAAGAAGACCUAACUUCACCACUCCCUGGUUGGAUUAUCGAAUCAUUGAAAGCCGUAAAAUUUAUCGACGCAAAACAUUUCAACGUACCUUUCGGAAAAUCUGCUGUCGAACUUGUUGCGGGAAGAGAGAGUGCAAUUGCGCAAAUCAUCAGAACAGUCCCAAACAAAGUCUACAAUCUCUCGUUUGUUGUUGGUGAUGCUAAAAACGGCUGUCACGGAUCGAUGCUUGUGGAGGCUUUCGCUGCUAAAACGACAGCGAAAGCACCGUUCAAAUCUGAAGGCAAAGGGAAGUUUUCGACUUACAGUUUUCAGUUCACGGCGGUUUCGGACAGGACCAGGUUGACUUUCUUCAGCUCCUUUUAUCAUACGAGGAUCGAUGACUUUGGCUCUCUCUGUGGCCCUGUUCUUGAUGAAGUCCGUGUUUUUCCUGCUGCGAAGAUGUAAUAAUAGUAGCAAUAUAUCUGCAUUAUCGAGAUAUUUGAGGCGUGCAAUUCUAAUAUAUAUGUAAUAGAUGAGAUGCAGUAAUGGGAAUUCUGCCUCUUCUCGAGGCUAAUCAAAGGAUAAGGCGUUACUUUAGCAAAUA